AUGCCAAGCUAUGUGAAGUUUUUGAAUGACAUCUUGACAAAAAAGAAGAAAUUGGAAGAGUUUAAGAUAGUUGCACUUACUGAGGAGUGUAGUACUAUAAUCCAAAAUAAGCUUCCAUCAAAGCUUAAGGAUCUAAGGAGUUUUUCUAUUCCUUGCACUAUUGGUAGUUUUAAAAUUUCUAAAGCUUUGUGUGAUUUGGGUGUUAGUGUUUCAAUAAUGCCUUUGUCUAUUGCCAAGAAACUUGGACCUAAGGAGUUACAGCCUACUACAGUUACCUUGCAUUUAGCAAACAGAUCAAUUAGGCACCUCGUUAGGAUUAUAGAUGAUGUUUUGGCUCAAGUUAGGCAUAUGUAUAUUUUAGUGGAUUUCAUUGUGCUUGAGAUGGAGGAUGAUGUUGAAAUUCCUCUUAUUUUGGGACCACCAUUAUUGGCUACAACAAGGGUAAUCAUAGAUGUGAAGAAUGGCAAAAUAACUUUCAAAGUUGGAGAGGAGGAAGUAGUGUUUAAUUUGUUCAAUGCUAUUAAGAAUCCCUAUACAAAUAGUUACUAUAAAGUGGUUUUAGUUGAUGAGUUAGCUAAAAAGGAUUUGACAAGGAUGAUCCUCCAACAACAAGUACAACAAAUUAUGAGGUUGGACAAUAAGUUUUGUUAG